GAGACACCAGGAAGCGGAGGAGGAAGCCCGCCCCGCGGUGCGGAGGCACCGGUUCACGUGGUUUGCCCGAAGCCGCAGAGAUCCAGGGUUUUGCCGCGAGCGCCGUUUCUCCUCCUCACUUUGCACUCUUGGGUGCUGCUUGGGGGGUUCGGUCUCGAAAGCAUCUUCUGAGCUCAUGAAUUACUGCGAGCAACAUGCCCGGAACGACCCGCUGCUGGUUGGAGUGCCCGCGUCGGAGAAUCCUUUUAAGGACAAAAAGCCCUGUAUCAUCCUAUAG